AUGCGUCCUCCCGUCAAGGCUGGUCCCAGGGCUCCUGUCGGACGUUUGGCCAGUCUCAAAGCUUCCAAUCCGACCCCUAUCAGACGACCUCAGCCCAUUGGUCGUCCUCAGCCUGCCAGACCGACCACUCAUCCCAAACCUUCGACAUGUCCCAAUCCGGGCUGUCCCGCUCCUCAUAUCGUCGAGGAUGAUGGUCAGAAAGUUUGUUCCGGGUGUGGUACGGUCAUCAGUGAAGCCAAUAUCGUUUCUGAAGUCACUUUCGGUGAAACAUCAGCUGGUGCUGCUGUCGUUCAGGGAACGUUUGUUGGUGAAGAUCAAACUCACGUCCGCAGUUAUGGACCGGGUUUCCAGCGUGGAGGUGCCAUGGAGAGUCGAGAGAUUACUGAACAGAAUGGAAACCGCUAUAUAACACAACUUUCCCGUGCCUUGAACAUCCCAGAGAGUGCGAUGAAGGCUGCUGGUCAGGUCUUCAAGCUUGCAGUUGGGCUGAACUUCAUCCAAGGUCGACGAACGAAAACUGUGGCUGCGGUGUGUCUAUACAUUGCAUGUCGACGACAAGAUGGAAAUACUGUCAUGCUUAUUGACUUUGCCGAUGUGCUAAUGAUCAAUGUGUUUAAACUGGGUCGCACGUACAAGGCUUUGUUGGACGAACUACGUCUGGGGGGUAAUGUCUUUUUGAUGAACCCUAUAGAUCCAGAAAGUUUGAUCUACAGAUUUGCCAAGCAGCUCGAGUUCGGAUCUUCUACUAUGCAAGUUGCCAGUGAGGCAGUUCGUAUCGUGCAGCGCAUGAAUCGAGAUUGGAUGACUACUGGUCGACGUCCUGCUGGUAUAUGUGGUGCUGCUCUUAUUCUUGCCGCGCGGAUGAACAAUUUCCGUCGAACAGUGCGCGAGGUUGUCUACGUGGUAAAAGUGACUGAAAUCACCAUCAGUCAACGUUUGAACGAGUUCAGUUCUACUGAGAGCGGUGAGCUCACUGUCGAUCAAUUCCGCUCGGUGCAACUGGAAAAUUCCCAUGAUCCACCCUCCUUCACCAGGGCGAAGGAAGGCAGAAAACCACGAAGUAUCACGAAAAGGAAAGCCGCGGAAACUGCAGCCGAGAUAGAGGGGGAGUCACAAGACGAGAGUCCUGCUGAAUUGAAUCCUGAGUCAUCUCAGCCUCCCCGUGUUGACGCAGAUGGCUUUGCCAUCCCUAGUCUCCCUAUCGAUCCCGCUUUAAUGACAGCCAAUAGCGGUCCCAAAUCAUCAGUCGCGGCUGCUGUAGAUGAUGUUUUGUCUGAGCUUGAAGAAUCGACCAAGGGCAAGGUGGGCAGACCCAAAGGCUCGAAACAAAAACCGUUACCACCUCCAACCCCUGAUCAGAUUGCAUCAGAGGAAGCGCUCGAAGACGAAAUGACUGCUUUGCUAUCAAAGGAUUCCAACAUGUUUGAAGGCGCUGCAGAUAAAAACAUUCCAGGGCAAGAAACCAAGAAACCCGUAUCCGAAAGUACAGAGAUCGAUGCCUCCGAGUUCGAAUCAGAUCCCGAAGUUUCCAACUGUCUACUGUCUGCUGCGGAAGUGGAAAUCAAGGAACGAAUCUGGGUGCACGAGAACAAAGACUAUUUGCGAACGCAGCAAGCCAAAGCCUUGAAGCGAGCAUUAGCUGAAGCCGAUUCUGGCCCAGGGGUGCACAAGCCUCGCAAGCGCCGCAGGGGUCGAAUGGGUGACGUUACUUACCUUGAAGGAGAAGGCGAAGAGGGAGAUGGAAGAAGCUCCCGUGCAUCAACACCUGCAGAAGCAACACGCCGGAUGCUGGAGCGCAGAGGAUUCAGUAAGAAGAUUAACUACCGUCUUCUGGAAUCGCUGUUUGGCGAAGAAGGGGCCGAUGAAACAGCGAAGUCUAAGGCGGAGAGUAUGAGUCGCACCCAAAGUCGAAGCCAGAGUGUCGCCUCCCGACGCAGCGUUAGCGUCGAACCAGCGUCGACACCGAGGCGACGCGAACGACUUGUCACACCAAGCACUACUAAACCUACUGCUGCUCCGAAACACAACCCAGCUCCCGCACCUGCUGGGGCCACAUCUAACACGGCAAAGGGUGGAGACACCAACGAAGAAGUCCUCGGUCCAGUACCUGAAGGAAAUGGCGAUAAACCGAAUGAGGAAGAACUCGAUGAUUACGACGACGACGACGAUGAGGACGAGGAUGAUGGAGUGGACGCUGCAUUCUCUGGACAUUAUGGCGAUUACUACGAUGAGGGAAGUGACUAUGAUAGUGACUAG